AUGCAAAGCGACAACAUAGACAUAAAAUUUCCAGAAGUCGUCAAUCAAAAAAACGAAAUUUUAAAUUCUUGGGUCUACGCAGACGCCGAAGAUGUCGUCGACGCUGUUUUGUCGCAACAUAGAUAUGAAAAUGAUGGUUGCUGUGAAGAUGAUAGCGAUAAUGAGAUAAGUAAUAAUGAUUAUGCGAAUGAUGACGAAUAUGAUAAUGACGAUGAUGACCAGACAACAUUGAGACCUCACAAUGACCAUCAUAACUCCAGCAAAUAUUGGGUUAACGAAAAUGAAGAACUUGUAGAAAGUGAUGAUUAUGAUGAUGGUGGUCACGUGUUUACAGACCUGCCAAAAAAUUUCCAACUCAAUCUUUCCGGAUCACAGAACCAACCGGAAAUUGCCAUCAACGGCGUAGAUUACCUAUCGCGUCAUCGGGUUAAAUCUCCAAAUAUCAAUCAGAUCAUUUCUAAUAACGAUGAAAAAAAAGGGGUUGAGAUUGUAUUAAAUGAAGAUUUUCAGACGAGAACACGCCAUCCUAAUGAAGGAAGUAGUAAUAUGAACAACUGUCACAAGGGAAGAACGAAUUGUAACAAAUAUUUGAACAACAUUAUAGAAGAAGUAGAAUAUAACAACAACAACAUGUCAAACAAUGUAGAACAUAACGAUGCAAACUACAGUAACAUUAACUAUAACAACAACACUUCAGACAACAUUUUUCAGGUUUGUGCUAAUCAGCAAGACAACAGAAUUAACGACUGUACAAAGCACAACAACGACACCAAAAACUAUGACCUUAACACAAACAUUCAAAAAACAUGUAAGUUAUACUUUUCUAGAGAUCUCAAUGAAAUAAUCAAGCCCAUUCGAGAAGUGAAGUUACGUGAUAGGCCAAACUCCGAUUACAUAUCCAACACUACCAACAAACAUUACAAUGAUACUGUUGCAUCUGACAACAAUGACAGCAACCUGAUCAAUAUUACCAAUACGACUCAACUUAGCAAAAGUAACAACAGCAACAGCGAAAACGCUGACAGCAAUGACAUCACUUCGAAUGACAUCAGCAAACAAUUUGGAUUUAAGAGAAGAACAGAAGAAAGCACAACUCUACGUACUGACGCCUUCUCUAACAACCGUUAUUUAGAGAAUAUGAGCAGUAGUAACAAGGUCGGAAACAUCAACAUCAGAAAUAACACGCAUGCAUCCAACAAUUACAUCAAUGAAAAUUUUAACAAAGAAGAUUCAAAAACAAAAAUCAACAACAAAAGAAACUUCAAUCACGAUGACAACAAAACUAACAACAACAACAAGAGCAAAAACAACAAUGAUGACAACAACGACAACUACAACAACAAGAGUAUUAAUAACAUCAACAACGACAACAACAGGAGUAAUAACAUCAACAACAGUUGUUCCUCUACUAGCGAGAAAGAUAGUUUUCACCUGAUGUUCUUCAAUGAGAAAGUCAUCUCAGAUGAGAUGUUAGUGCGAAUGAUUGGGCAGUAA